AUGAGAGGCUCCCUUCUUGCUUUAACUGUGCCCGUCGUGAACGUAGAGCCAGUCCGCCGGGCAGGCAUAAAUAACACAGAGACUGACCCGAGUCAUGAUGCAUUAUCAGUUGCUGGAAUAUGGAGUACUCCGUUGCCGGGCGCGUCUCUGGACUUCCAAGAUCACGGCCUGGAACUGAUGCACCAUUACUCCACUAUUACAGCCAACACCCUUGCCUUGAGGCUGGACAUCCAGCACAUCUGGCGCACGGUCCUCCCUGAGAUGUCAUAUUACACACCCUUUCUAUCACACGGCCUACUGUCCGUCGGAGCUCUGCAAAAAGCUCAUCUGCUACCUGCAAGAAGGGACAGGUAUCUCGAUCUCGCAGCCUAUCACCAGACCCGCGGCAUGGAAGGCUUCCGCAGCAUAUUUCCAAGCAUCGGCGAAAGGAACUGGCACCCUGCGUUCUGCUUCUCAUCCACAAUCGUCAUAUAUGCAUUUUCCCCGGCGGACCGGACAGCAGAUGCCAUGGCGGAUAUUCUGCAGAUCUUUGUUUUGAUACGUGGUAUUCGCUCUAGCCUCUUGGGUGCGGGGCGCAAUCUUACGCAGACGCCGUUCUCGGCAUGGGCACAUGGGAUCUGGAUAGUCGGAGAGAAUGAUGAGGCUUCUUACGAGGAAGACUAUGAGUUUGCUACAUUGCAGCUGCGAAAGUCGGCGAUCCUCAUUGCACACGCUGGUUCCCAGGCGGAGAUCGGUAUGGUCAUGUUCUUUCCAUAUGUCAUCUCUGCGAAUGUCAUGUCAGACAUCCAAGCCAACGACCCGUGCGCUCUUGUCCUGCUCUCUUACUUCUCAGUGCUUCUAAGCCUCGUCGAACAUCAGUUUUGUGCUAAGACGAAGAACCCUGGGGUAUCAGAGUCGGGUUAG